UCGUGUCCGGGCUCCUCUGGAGAAGAGGAGGAGGGAGGGGGAAGGGCGAGGAAAGUGGGGGGUGGCGGGCGGCCAGGAGAAGUUGGACGGACCGGGAGAAAGUUUGCGGGGCCGGAGCGUGGAGAGCGGGCGCCGGGGGAGGGGGCGGAUGGCGAGCUGACAGCCCCCCCGAGCCCCGGAGUACAUCGCGGCCGUCGUUCGAGCCCCUGCCGACAGGGAGGGGAGGGGUCCCGGGCCGCCGGCAGGCCGGCCGGGAUGCGCUGAGAGGCCGGGCCUUGGGCGGACUGAGGCACCCGACCGGGAGCUGAGCCCCCCGCCGCUACCGCACACCCGGCCUGCUCCGGACAGGGGGUGGGGGACUAAAAAACACCGCCCGCCUCCUGGCUUUUACUGGCAGCGCGGAGUCGCCACCGCCGUCGGCGGAGAGAGAGAGAAGGAGAGAGGGAGAGAGAGAGCCGGCAAGAUGGCGGCGGACCCAGUGCAGGGUGAUGGCCGAAGUCAUCCAGUAUCUGAGUGUCUGGGCUUGUGUCAGAACUUGGAUUUGUCGGACACUAUGGUGCAACAGAGGCUGGAUGAAAUCAAGGAUUCAAUUAAGCGAGAAAUACGAAAGGAACUUAAAAUUAAGGAAGGAGCAGAGAACCUCAAGAAAGUCACAACUGAUAAGAAAAAUCUGGCAUAUGUGGAAAAUAUGUUAAAAAAGUCAAACAAAAAACUAGAUGAGCUUCACCAAGAGCUGCAAGAAUUGAAUGCACAUAUUGUUGUGAAAGAUCCUGACCUGGCAGAUUGUCCACGAACCCCAGAUACUCCUAAUCCUGAGUCUACAAAUAAUAGCCGUAUUGCUGCCUUGAAGAAACAAUUGGACAUUGAGCUGAAAGUGAAGUUGGGAGCUGAGAAUAUGAUCCAGAUGUACUCGAAUGGAUCUUCAAAGGAUAGAAAGUUGUUAGCUGCAGCUCAACAAAUGCUUCAAGAUAGUAAAACAAAAAUAGAAGUUAUAAGAAUGCAAAUUCUUAAGUCUACGCAGACGAGUGAAACAGUAUUUGAAAAUACAGAUGGAAUAGCAUCAAAGCCUGGAAUAAGCCCCCUGGAGCUUAGGGUUGAAGAGCUUAGACAUCACUUCAGAAUAGAAUAUGCAGUAGCAGAAGGAGCAAAAAAUGUUAUGCGACUCCUUGGCUCUGGAAAGGUUCCUGACAAGAAAGCACUUUCAGAGGCACAAGCAAGAUUUAAUGAAUCAAGCCAGAAGUUGGAUCUUUUAAAAUACUCAUUGGAGCAAAGAUUGAGUGAACUACCGAAAAACCAUCCAAAGAGCAGUAUUAUCAAAGAUGAAUUAUCAAUGGUUUCAUCGCCAGCUCUCAGUCCACGUCACAGUGUGAUUUACCCACAGAAUCAGUACAGCACAUUAUCCAAACCUGCUGCAUUAACAGGUAGCCUGGAAGUUCGGCUUAUGGGAUGUCAAGACCUGCUGGAGACUGUUCCUGGUCGUUCCAAAAACACAUUUGUUCCUUUACCUGGCUGGAGCCCAAAUGAAACCAGAUCCUCCUUUAUAAGCAGAACAAGUAAAAGCAGAAGUGGGAAUAGCCGGUAUCCUGUCAAAACAGAAGACUUGUCCAAUGAGAUUGGAGCUGUACUGAAGCUGGAUAAUACGGUUGUUGGACAGACCAGUUGGAAACCAGUUUGCAAUCAGUCAUGGGAUCAGAAGUUUACGUUAGAACUAGAUCGGUCACGUGAACUGGAGAUGUCUGUUUAUUGGCGUGACUGGCGUUCCCUUUGUGCUGUGAAAUUUCUACGCUUAGAAGACUUCCUAGAUAAUCAACGGCAUGGAAUGUGCCUAUAUCUAGAGCCACAGGGCACUCUAUUUGCAGAGGUAACUUUCUAUAAUCCAGUCAUUGAAAGGCGACCAAAACUACAAAGACAAAAGAAGAUAUUUCCAAAACAGCAAGGCAAAACAUUCCUUCGAGCUCCCCAAAUGAAUAUUAAUAUUGCCACAUGGGGACGACUGGUGAGGAGAGCUGUUCCUACAGUAAAUAACUCUGGCACAUUUAGCCCUCCAGCCUCUAUCCCUGCAGCUGUGCCAGCUGUUCCUCAUACAGAAAAUACGGAUUCUACUGGGGAUCUUCCAGUAGGAAAACUAGAAUUUGAAUCUGAACCACCACUCACACCACCGCGAGCUUCAUCCCUUGGAGAAAAUGGAGGAACCACAACAGAAGUAAGGAUCCCUGACGGUGUCCAGGAAGCACUCUCAACUUUUGAUUUUCUGAAUGAUAGGAACAAUAUAGUUUCUAAUGUUGAGAACAAUAUAAUAUCUGUGCCUGAACUACCCCGUCCAGAACUAGAAUUUCGAACACUCCCACAGUCAGAAGAUAAACGAAUACAGCAAAGAUUCCAGUUCAGUCUUCUGGACUUCAGGUGUGUUGCUGUGCUUGGCAGGGGACACUUCGGAAAGGUUCUUCUUUCGGAGUAUAAAGUCACUGGUGAAAUGUUUGCGAUCAAGGCCUUGAAGAAAGGAGAUAUUGUAGCUCGUGAUGAGGUUGAUAGCCUUAUGUGUGAGAAAAGAAUUUUUGAGACUGUGAACAGCGUCCGACAUCCGUUUUUGGUCAAUCUUUUUGCCUGUUUUCAGACCAAAGAUCAUGUAUGUUUUGUAAUGGAGUAUGCUCCAGGUGGAGAUUUGAUGAUGCACAUUCAUGCUGAUGUUUUCUCUGAACCCAGGGCUGUGUUUUAUGCUGCUUGUGUGGUCCUUGGUUUGCAGUAUUUACAUGAGCACAAGAUAGUUUACAGAGAUUUAAAGCUAGAUAAUCUGUUGCUGGAUAGCGAUGGCUAUGUCAAGAUUGCUGACUUUGGUCUUUGUAAGGAGGGUAUGGGUUUUGGAGAUCGAACAAGCACAUUUUGUGGCACUCCUGAAUUUCUCGCUCCAGAAGUGCUGACAGAGACUUCAUACACACGGGCAGUGGAUUGGUGGGGACUGGGUGUUCUUAUCUAUGAGAUGUUGGUUGGUGAGUCACCUUUCCCUGGUGAUGAUGAAGAAGAAGUUUUCGACAGUAUUGUGAAUGAUGAAGUGCGAUAUCCAAGAUUCCUGUCUACUGAUUCCAUCUCCAUCAUGAGGAGGCUUCUUAGAAGGAACCCAGAGCGGCGUCUGGGAGCAAGCGAAAGAGAUGCAGAAGACGUAAAGAAACAAACAUUCUUCAGAGCUGUUGAUUGGAACGCUUUGUUAGCAAAGAAAGUAAAACCCCCAUUCCAGCCCAUAAUCCAAGACCGAGAAGACGUUAGCAACUUCGAUGAAGAAUUUACCUCAGAGGCACCAGUUCUUACACCACCCCGGGAACCAAGGAUUCUGGUAGAGGAAGAGCAGGGAAUGUUCAAGGAAUUUGAUUACAUAGCAGAUUGGUGUUAAAUGCAACAAGCAAACUUCCAUGGAGUAGAAACUGUGAAUUCAUAGCUGACUGUAGCUCACAGAAAAGCCCUGUUUGAGACAAAUAAUGGAUGUUUCCAGUCUUUUACUGCAGUCUGUGCCAUCUGUAGUCCUCCAAUUUCAUGCAACUGAAGCUCUUUAAAAGAACAGUGGCAACUUCAAAUAUUUUGCCUCUACGACCAUCAGGAAAGAUUUCUUUGGCUGAAUGUCAUCUUGUCGUGCUCAGUGUGGCUGAUGCCAGAAAAUUCCAAUAUAGUCUUGCACUGUUCUUUGUAACUGUACUGCAGAAACUCUCUUCUUACUAUGAUUUGCUCACUUUAUAAAUGGUAGUUGCCUUAAAUAGGAGAGGGUGUUGUAAAAAAAAUCAUUCCUUGGGCUAGAUUGAAAACUACUUUCUCUGCCUCAUUACCACUGCAGUUUGAGGUGCUAUCAGCUGAUGACACUACAGAAUGAUCUCACCUGGCCUAAGGCAGCUUCUGUCUUGACUGCUGAUAAAAUUGCUGUGUUUUGACCAAACCAUGUGCAUUUUAAACAAACUGAUUACCUGGCACAAUAUUUGGUCCCAGAUUAUGGAAAAUCUAAUUUGAUGCCUUACCUUAAUAUUGUAAAUUUUAAUUGUAUUUAUUAUGUAGAAUUGCAAUAUGCCUUAACUUUGUGAAACAGCACUAAGUGCUUCCAGAGAGAUUUUUUGCAGGUACUGAGAGCCUACCAAAGCCACUUGCCAAACAGCAACACCACCUCCCUGCUCCUGGAUCUGUAUGUAACAUGGUGGGCACCGGCCUAUUAGUUCCAUGAAGAGAAAGUUUGUUUUAUUUUUUAAUGUUUGUUUGUAAGUCUUACUCCUUAAGUGUGAAGAACUAGCCAUCAAUGAGAUCCUGCUCUUUCACACUUACCUUUCCAUAACCCAGAUUAUUACUUGUGAUUUACCAUGAUCAAAGAACGCAAAAUUUUUAUAGUUUGUGUAACAUUUAGCCAGUGGAUCAUUUCAUGUUAUCUGCUGUACGUGACAACAGUACUCUCAGCUUCUAAGUUCUUACGGAAAUGUAUACAUGCUGUCAGUGUACGUUUGAUAUUGUAUUUUAGUUUAUGUUCACACAGAUUUUAUAGUGUUCACAUUUAGUACAUAGUGGCCAUGUAAACACACAUGUUCUGAAUAAUAGCUGGUCAGUAUGACUUCUAAGUGUUGGACCAUUAUAAAGCAUAGAUAAUGCGAUGACUCAACAAGGCUCUACAUACUAUUGAUAGCAGUUUGAUUAUUUUAAGGAAAAGCUUUCCUGCUAACAGCAGAAUCCAUAUCAAAAACUGCACAAGUUACAGCCACACAACUUAAACAUAAGCUACUGUUUUCCAUUCUUCACUUUAUCCUGUCCUUUCUGUCACAAGAAAGUGACACUAGCAAUAAACACUGCAAUAUUUCGAACAGCAAAUGUACAUUUUUAGAAAGAACAGUACAUGUAAAUAAGCAAGAUUAAUUAAUGAAAGUUUUAAAUAGUUUUUUUAAGUAAACGGCUAGCGAAGGUCUGUUUCCAAAGUGUAUAGAGAGAAGAAACUUUUUUAAAAAAAGAGAAAAUUAAAUCAUUAAUGAUGUAGAGGGCAGGGGAAAAGUACAGAGAUGAGCUCAAAAGCACUAAUUUUAUCUCUGUCAUUUUUUAAACAAAUGUUUUAGUCUGAUUUCAAAUUAUUGAGAAUAUUUUACAUGAUAUAUUCAUUAUAAAGUGGCUGCUUAAGCACUUUGUAAUAAUAAAAAAAAUGUUUUGGAAUGGUACACUACUAUGCAUUAACAUUGCCAUGUGCCCAACAGAGUCUUUAGUUGAGAAACACUGAAAAGGGUUUUGCAGUCAUUACAUAUAAAUGCACAAAAUUAAAACAUUUUAAGUAGGGUAUGUUUGUUUUCUUGUCCUCUUUUAUGUGUACCUGCAAUACAGUUCUUAAUUUUUUACUUGAGCUGCUUUUUUUUUAUUAUUCCUCCUUCCGGUGUCCACA